CUCAAACUCUCCCAAAGACAGAGUGCAGACAGUCGCCACAGCACUAAGAAGGGCUUACUGUGACUGAACUGCAGCUUUUCUUGUCAUCCUAAAACCAAAAACAGGAGGAAAACUUAGAAACACUGAAAAAGACAGAUGGGGUGCUGCAGCAUUCCUAGGACAAUGGAAAACUGAGUUUCAGCCCUUUUUCUGUAUUUAGUGUUAAAGCAAAAGUUGCAAGAACAGACUGGAGGAUACAAGAGAUUACAUUACCAUGGAAACCAAAAGCUGGAAGCGGACACAAGGACCACUGGAGGUGGACGAUCUUCCCUGAAGGCAUCAGCAGAGAUUGCUAUCUUGCUGCACACUGUAGUAGGAGAAUGCUGUGGAGAAUCACCAUCCCCAUCUUCCUUGCUGGCUUCUUCUGCAUCACUGCAGAGGCCAGAAAGCUCCGUCCCCAAGGCUCAAUACCGUCACCACACAAGACUAAAGGAAACCUGUCUGCAGACCACCCCCACAGACUUUUGCAGCAGAAACCAGAAGUCCUGUCCUCCAGCCGAGAGGCCCUGGUUGUGACUGAGCGACGUUACCUUCGAAGAGACUGGUGCAAAACUCAACCCCUUCGGCAAACAAUCAGUGAAGAGGGUUGCCGCAGCCGCACUGUGGUCAACCACUUCUGCUACGGCCAGUGCAACUCCUUCUACAUUCCUCGCCAUUUGGGUCCCAGUUUGGGUCAUGGACAAAAUCGAGGCCAAAACUCAGGCUCUGGAAGAAAGGGUCACAAUAAAGGCCAAGAGCCCUUCCAGUCCUGCUCCUUUUGCAGACCACAUAGUAUCAAACAACUCACAGUGCAGUUAGACUGCCCAGAUCUGCAGCCCCCCUUCAGACAUCGCAAAGUGCAGAGAGUCAAACAAUGCCGCUGCAUGUCUGUGGAUGUAAGCAGUCAUGGGAAACUGUAAAGGACUGCCUUAAAAGAACUGUAUUUUUUGCUGUCAGAUUCAUUGCCAAACUCAGGGCAGACGACUGUCCAUUAUUAUCAAGCUGUACUAAAAAUGGUUCGUUCCAUUAAAACUGAAUGUAGAACAGCUGUUAGACAGUCCAAGUGAUGAUGAUAAUACAGCAGUAUGGACGUAGUGAGGACCAUACUUCAUUUCCCAGUUGUAACACAUUUUAAAUGAAGGGGAGAUAUCUUUUGAAAGUAUACAAGCUUAUUGGACACAUGAUAAACAUGCUGACCAAUGUGUCAUUAAAAAUUGUAUUUUCUGAAAAGUGCAAAUAAGUUAUUUUACUACAGAUGAAUGGACUGUUCCAUCACCGAUUUUCCCUAGGGUUCAGUCCCACCAUUACGUCUCAUGAGUUUUAACCCAACAGGUUAUAUGUGUGGCUUUAAGUCAUGCAGACUCAAAACUUGGUUCUAGGUUGAACAAAAUGGACUGCAGCAUGUGGAAUAUUGGUUCCAUGGUAUAUAAACAAUAUAUUAUUAUAUGUAUGUGUGUAAGUAUAUUUGUUUAAAAUAUAUUAAAUCUAUUUCAUAUAAAAAGUCACUUUAGAGUGCAUGCAAUUGUCUAUGGACUAU